GGAUCGAUGUGUUUUCUUUCACUUCCAUCUUCCGUGUUACCACUAAUAACAGACGUCUUGUCUUCUAGUGUGUCAAGCUAUUAUUUUCAUUACUUAAUAACUUAUAUUUCCACUGAAUACCUGGCUGAGACUGGAAUAUGGGUCAGCAGACGUCUCGACAAGAGUUUCUGAAUGAGGAAAUGACAGACCCGCGAACACGCGACUGGUUCACCCUGAACCUCGCCCUGAGAGAAUCGACAGAGGCACUGGCCAUCUGCAUCCACCACAAGAUCUCCGUGCUGCACAAACGGUCUCGUCGCGCACAGGGCAACCUUCCCGCGUGUCACAGGAACUGCAGCCAGACGCAGGACUCCCAGUGGUGCGCCACCUGCAACUGGUGGAAGGGCGAGAUCUACUCGCUGUGCAAGGAUGAGUACAAGCAGCGGAUCAACUGGUCGCGGUACCACUCGGCGCAGUGGCCGCUCAUUCCAUACGAGUUUGCGAGGGUCUUCAUCCCCCGUGCGCACCGACUCUAUUACAAGUCGAACGAGUUCCACGAGGACAUCCGCUUCUCGCUGAGUUUGUUAGAGAACUGCGAGGAAUUCAACAUCCCGAAGGAGCUCAUUCAGAAGGCGUGGGUCGUGCGCAACAGCUUUCGACGUAAAGGAAAGAUGAAGAUUCGUAAGUCGGACCUGAAUCAGGGGAUCAAGGUUCUGCUGGACAUUCUGUCGAUGCCCGAGAUCGAGUCGCAUGAAGCAAUUCCGCCCGCGAUACAAAAACUUAAAACACUGUCGACGAGUAUAGAGGAAAAUGGCUGCUGUAUUUUAUAACCCUAGUGAUACGUUGGUGCAAUUAUUUUUCCUACCACAUCUUUGUGAAUUUUGUUUUAGAGGACUGCAUUAUUUAAAUUUUACUUUUGUGAUUAAAUUUUAUUUUUGUGAUUUGUGGCAGGCAAGUCAUUUUAUAGUAUUCCAGGCCUGGGCUUUGUUUCACAAAGUAAACUUAGCGCUAAUAUCACCGUAAGUCAAUAUGGUAGCUAUGCGCUUACAGUAAUCUUAGUGCUAAGAUUGCUUCGUAAAAUGGUGCCCUGGUGCUUAUAAAACUUUUAGAGUGUAGACUCGAGAUGUCAUUAUAGAUUUUAGUCUGGACUCUAAAAGUUUUAUAAGCACAAGCCCUGGGAUAGCUCUGGGUGACCAGAAAAUGUCACCAAAUUAUCUGAAAAAUGCAAAAUUAUUACCAAUUUACCAAUUGUUUUUAAAAUUUGCAAUUGACAACCUGAGUUCAUAUGUGAUCACUGUAUUCUCUUCUUAUAGCGGGUUUCUAUUCGUGUGCAAGACAUCGUAUUUCAGGCGAACUAUCAUUCUCUUCGCAUGACAAUUGCGCAAAUUUAAAUUCACAUAAAAUGUCAUUCAAUCAUGCGUUACUUUGUAAAAUUUAAACUUGCAAACUUCCCGAUCACUGGAACUUGAUCUAUGUACAUGUCAGGGGUGGGGAUUCUCCUCCGAUCCGCUGUUUUCCUCUCGUGGAACAUUGCGUUUCUUCGCAUUUUAAUCGUCCUUUCCUCCAAAAUGUGUCGGAUGGCACAGAUGUUUUACCUAGUAUUUAAAAUGUUUUUGGGACCCCUCUAGAUUUUCUCUUUUUUUACAGUUCACCAAUUCCCAUCCCUGACAUGUACAUGUAUUCCAAAAAUGCAUGUUUUAAAAAAAAAAAGGUUUACCGUAUCAUAUCAAUAAUCAAGAUGAAAAAUACCUUCAUUGCAUUAUCAUUUGGUUUAAAAAAAUACAUUUGAAACCUCUUUGUACAAAACUGUUAGUAUUACGUUACUCAUCAGUUAUGCAAAUAAAAUUCACAUUAUCGAUAAAUUGGUUAGGCCAUUAUAAAAUAAAUUCUACAUUUUCAUCACUUCCUGCCCAAUGGUGAAGAAUCACCACCAAGUUUUUUUUAUUGGUAAAAAUCCCAUACUUCUGUUUGACGUGCAGUAUUUCCAAUGUCCACUUUGAAAACAAUUUGGAUGAAAAUCUAGCAUUUAAUUACCAAUUGCGUUAUCUCUUAGGAACAAUAUUGGGAGUGUGUGUGGUCACAGCAUCCACAGUGUGUUGGGCAGGGUGGGAGGUGAGGGGCAAAAGCCAUAAGUUUAUUUGUAUAUAGUAGGACAAAAAACCCAUACAUUUUUGUUCUCGAAUGGGGGGCACAGCCCCUCAACCCACCCACCCAAAGUUCCUACAGGCCUGUAUCUAGAUUAUGGUAGCCCCACUCACAUGGCUAGUAAUAUUCAUUGUUGGACUAGUAAAUAACUACUAUUGACAUGCCCAGCGGCUAGUGAAAAAAUUAAUUGUUAAAUGUUGCAAUUAAGUCUAUUUUGUAAAUAUGAAUAUCCCGACUCCACCCCAACCCCCAGUGUUAGUGUUUUUAAUCCCGAUCUCCCUCUUUAAGUUACUACUAUUUAGUAAAAUUGUAUCGCUGAUCCCAUGGCUAGUGGAUUUAACAAAAAUUCUAGAAACCCUG